CCAAGCUUGAGGGCGGAGCCGACGGCUCGGGUCGGCCGCUGUGCUCUCCGGAGCUCCCCGGCUGCUGAGAUUCCGUCCGAGACCCGGGCCACCCAAGGGCCGGUGGGCGUUCGCUGGCUCUGGGCUCUGUAAAGCCCCGAAGGUAAAUCCGCCUAGGAGCCGGGCGGCUCGACCGAGAGGGGGCCAACGACCUGGCUGGGCAGCUGGAUGGCGGCGGAGGGGAGCGUCGUGCGGUGGCAAGUUUCUCCAAAAAGCUGAACUCGUCGCAAAGUUUCCUGUGCAUCAGCUUGCACCCUGCGUCCUGGUGGCGGGCUUUUUCCGUGCGGGUGGUCUUUGGGCGCUGGAGGGACGCGGAGGUAAUUGGAUUAUUCCGCCUGGUCACAGCCCAGAUUUCUCUCACGGACCGCGCAUUGCGGUGAGCGCAGAUUUUGCCCUAGCAGGGGCAACUGGGUGCUGUUCCUUCCCGGGCUGACCUCGGAGUCUCCGCUAUGGACAGCGAGAGUGAAGUGGAUUUUUCUAGCAACAGCUUAACCCCUUUGUGGCGGAGGCGGUCAACUCCUCAGCCUCAGUUGCUGGGCCGGAGCAAGCCGAGGCCCCAAUCCUACCAGAGCCCCAGUGGGUUGCUGAUCACGGAUUUCCCCGUGGAGGACCGAGGGACGCUCCCCGCCAUGCAGGCUCCCACCCAGGUACCCACCGCUUCGGAGGGCAGGACGGUCCAGGGGAACCCGCUGCUUCUGUGUGCCCAUACGAGGGUGGUGAUCUCCCCGGAAUAUAGAUCUGUCUCUCCUCGGCUGCGACGGCCCAAGUCUCCCCAGGCUCCCAAAGCAGUGUCAGGGGUCUCCUCGAAAUCCCCAGCGAAUGGCGCUGUGACCUCACCCCCACCGCAGCCUGUGCGCCCCCAGCGGACUACCAAAUCGCCCCCCUGCUGCAGCUGGGAGGUAGACCUGACCGCAUCGACGACGAGCCCCUUGUCUUCGCCCGCUGCAAAUGGGCUUUUCCCUAAAAUCGACUCCCCAGGCUCUGGUUCGCGAUCUGGCCAGGCGACUAAGGACCCUGAGCCAGAACCCACGAAAGUCUCUCCUGCGCCCCAGAAAAGUUCUUUGGAACACAAACUCCCCCUCCAAAGACUGCCCUCACAGGAGAACGAGCUUCCAGAGAAUCCUUCGGUGGUUUUGAGCACUAACAGCCCCGCCGCCCUCAAAGUGGGGAAGCAGCAAAUCAUUCCGAAGAGCCUGGCCUCGGAAAUUAAAGUAAGUAAGUCCAACAGUCAGAGUGUGGAGCCCCACAGGAGACUCCUCAAGGUGCACAGCAUGGUGGAGGGCCUCGGAGCAUCUCUGGGCCCCUCAGAGGAUGAGGGCGACGUGGAGAACGACGUGGACAGCCCAGGGUCUCUGCGGCGAGGCUUGCGAUCCACAUCCUAUCGCAGGGCGGUGGUCAGUGGCUUUGAUUUUGACAGUCCUACCACUUCAAAGAAGAAGAACAGAAUGUCCCAGCCUGUUCUGAAAGCGGUGAUGGAAGACAAGGAGAAGUUCUCCAGUCUGGGAAGGAUAAAGAAAAAAAUGCUGAAAGGACAAGGAACAUUUGAUGGGGAAGAAAAUGCUGUCCUGUAUCAGAACUACAAAGAAAAGGCUCUUGACAUUGACUCUGAUGAAGAGUUGGAGCCCAAAGAACAGAAGUCAGAUGAAAAAAUUGUGAUUCACCACAAGCCGCUGAGGUCCACGUGGAGCCAGCUGUCUGUGGUGAAAAGAAAUGGAUUAUCACAGACAGUUAGCCAAGAGGAAAGAAAGAGGCAGGAGGCUAUCUUUGAAGUCAUAUCCUCUGAACAUUCCUAUUUACUCAGCUUGGAGAUUUUGAUACGAAUGUUUAAAAAUUCUAAAGAACUGAGUGAUACAAUGACCAAAACAGAGAGUCACCAUCUUUUCUCCAACAUUACAGAUGUCUGUGAGGCAAGCAAAAAAUUCUUUACAGAGUUGGAAGCAAGACAUCAGAGUAAUAUCUUCAUAGAUGACAUAAGUGACAUUGUGGAGAAGCACACAGCCUCCACAUUUGACCCAUAUGUGAAAUACUGCACAAACGAAGUCUACCAACAACGCACACUACAGAAAUUGUUAGCCACUAACCCAUCUUUUAAGGAAGUACUGUCACGAAUUGAGUCCCACGAAGACUGCAGAAACUUACCCAUGAUCUCCUUCCUCAUUCUCCCCAUGCAGAGGGUGACUCGCCUGCCCCUGCUGAUGGACACUAUCUGUCAGAAAACACCGAAGGACUCUCCAAAGUAUGAGGUCUGCAAAAGAGCCCUAAAGGAAGUGAGCAAGUUGGUUCGACUGUGCAAUGAAGGAGCUCGGAAGAUGGAAAGGACUGAAAUGAUGUACACAAUUAACUCCCAGUUGGAAUUUAAAAUUAAGCCUUUUCCUUUAGUCUCCUCUUCCCGGUGGUUGGUCAAAAGAGGUGAGUUGACAGCCUACGUAGAAGACACCGUGCUUUUCUCAAGAAGGACAUCUAAACAGCAAGUCUACUUCUUUCUCUUUAAUGACGUGCUCAUUAUCACCAAGAAGAAAAGUGAAGAAAGUUACAACGUCAAUGAUUAUUCCUUAAGAGAUCAGCUACUGGUGGAAUCUUGUGACAACGAAGAGCUGAAUCCCUCUCCAGGGAAGAACAGUUCCACGAUGCUUUAUUCAAGACAGAGCUCUGCCAACCACCUCUUCACUCUGACCAUCCGUAGUAACCACGCGAGUGAGAAAGUGGAGAUGCUGCUCGGGGCUGAGACGCAGAGUGAGCGAGCCCGCUGGAUAACUGCCCUGGGACACAGCAGCGGGAAGCAGCCUCUGGACCGAACCUCACUGACCCAGGUGGAAAUCAUUAGAUCGUUCACUGCCAAGCAGCCAGAUGAACUCUCCCUGCAGGUGGCAGAUGUGGCUCUCAUCUAUCAGCGGGUCAGCGAUGGCUGGUAUGAGGGGGAACGGCUGCGAGAUGGAGAGAGGGGCUGGUUUCCUAUGGAAUGUGCCAAGGAGAUAACCUGUCAGGCUACAAUUGACAAGAACGUGGAGAGAAUGGGACGCUUGCUAGGACUGGAAACCAACGUGUAGCCUCCCGGACGGCCUUCCACGAGCGCGACAUUUGCACUACAUCCCCGCUGGCUGGUUGGUUCUGGGCCGGCUUUGUUGUUCAUUUUAAUGCAGCCUGUUUCAUUAGAAGAAUGGAAACACUUGCCUGUACGCUUGCCAGAUGGUUCUGCUCUCUCGGGAGAACAGCUACCAGAUACAGUGAGUUUGC